GAAAGGGCAGCUCAGCGCGUAGAGGAGAGACCGGGGACCCCGCCCCCUAAUCUCAGGGUGACAAAUUCACCACCAAACCGGAGUCAUAGUUUUAGGGCGCGCUCCAAGCCCUUGGCCAAGGAAAGGUAUUGUGAGUGCCCGUGUAAGGACGUCUCUCGCCCCAACCCUUAAGGUCCAGUGAGAGUCUGCCCUGCACCCCUCUCUGGGCCCGCCCCUUACCCCCUCCCAGCUCCAAGCCCUUGCGCCACUGCCCCUUUAAGAAGCCCAGGUAGGCAGGCCCGGCUGCGGGAACCGCUCCUAUGGCAACCCGCGAGCUGCGGCGGCUUCAUGAAUAUUCCGGGGCGCGGGAGCCCGAGCGCUGCCGGAGGGCGCUCGGGGGGAGGCGGCCGCUGAUGUCAACCUGGCGGGCCGUUGGGCUCUGCUAGGCUGCGGCGGGAGCCCCAGGACGGCGCGGCAGGGCUCCUCCAGAGGAGGCGAGGAAAGCUCCCGAACGGCCGGCGGGCCACAAAGUCUGGGCAUCUGGACAGACUGACAGCCCACCAGCUCGCCGGACGCACGCCCGGAGGUGCGCGUGCAGUGCGCUCUGCGCUCCCGAGCUGCUCCCGUGCGCCACGGCCGCAGAGCCGCUCCUGCCCAGCGCUCAUUGUUCCCCGCGGGGGCGGGGCGCCUGGAGCCGGGCCGCGCGCCGCGCCCCUGAACGCGGGAGGGAGGCUUCGCGGGGUCCCCGCGCCCAGCCGGGCCCAGGAGGGGGCGCAGCGCUUCGAGCCGGGGACCCGGAGCCCGACUGGGAGCCUCCCGGCCGCGCGCAGCCUGGCUAAGCAUGGGCGCCUGAGGCAGCCCCGCGCCGGCGGCGAAGGACGCGUCCCCGCGGGCGGACUGACCGGCGGGCGGACCUGGAGCAGGUCCUCAGCGCCGCAUCCGCGCCCUGGUCCCUGGCCUGGCCUCAGCCCUUGGCACCAUGGACAAGCUGCCGCCGUCCAUGCGCAAGCGGCUGUACAGCCUUCCGCAGCAGGUGGGGGCAAAGGCGUGGAUCAUGGACGAGGAAGAGGACGCCGAGGAGGAGGGGUCUGGGGGCCGCCAGGACCCCAGCCGUAGAAGCAUCCGGCUGCGGCCGCUGCCCUCACCCUCACCCUCGGCUGCUGCGAGCGGCACGGAGCCCCGGGGCGCGGCCCUCGGGGCGGCGGACGGCGAGGGGCCCGCCCGCGGCACGGGCAAGUCCAGCACGAACGGCGACUGCAGGCGAUUCCGCGGGAGCCUGGCCUCGCUGGGCAGCCGAGGUGGCAGCGGCGCCGGAGCGGGGGGCAGCAGCAGCCACGGGCACCUGCAUGACUCUGCGGAGGAGCGGCGGCUCAUAGCUGAGGGCGAUGCGUCCCCCGGCGAGGACAGGACGCCCCCGGGCCUGGCGGCUGAACCCGAGCGCCCUGGCGCCUCAGCGCAACCCGCAGCCUCGCCACCGCCUCCCCAGCAGUCGCCGCAGCCGGCCUCUGCCUCCUUCGAGCAGCCCUCGGCGGACACCGCUAUCAAAGUGGAGGGAGGCGCGGCCGCUGGCGACCAGAUCCUUCCCGAGGCGGAGGUGCGCCUGGGCCAGGCCGGCUUCAUGCAGCGCCAGUUUGGGGCCAUGCUCCAGCCCGGAGUCAACAAAUUCUCUUUGAGGAUGUUCGGCAGUCAGAAAGCCGUGGAGCGCGAGCAGGAAAGGGUUAAGUCGGCUGGGUUUUGGAUUAUCCACCCCUACAGCGACUUCAGAUUUUACUGGGACCUGACCAUGCUGCUCCUGAUGGUGGGGAACCUGAUCAUCAUUCCUGUGGGCAUCACCUUCUUCAAGGAUGAAAACACCACACCCUGGAUUGUCUUCAAUGUGGUGUCGGACACGUUCUUCCUCAUCGACCUGGUCCUCAACUUCCGCACAGGGAUCGUGGUGGAGGACAACACCGAGAUCAUCCUGGACCCGCAGCGCAUAAAGAUGAAGUACCUCAAGAGCUGGUUUGUGGUCGAUUUCAUCUCCUCCAUCCCAGUGGACUACAUCUUCCUCAUCGUGGAGACGCGCAUCGACUCCGAGGUCUACAAGACCGCCCGGGCCCUGCGCAUUGUCCGCUUCACCAAGAUUCUCAGCCUCUUGCGCCUCUUGCGUCUCUCUCGUCUCAUCCGAUACAUUCAUCAGUGGGAGGAGAUCUUCCACAUGACCUACGACCUGGCCAGCGCCGUGGUGCGCAUCGUGAACCUCAUCGGAAUGAUGCUGCUGCUGUGCCACUGGGACGGGUGCCUGCAGUUCCUGGUGCCCAUGCUGCAGGACUUUCCCGACGACUGCUGGGUGUCCAUCAACAACAUGGUGAACAACUCAUGGGGGAAGCAGUACUCCUACGCCCUCUUCAAGGCCAUGAGCCACAUGCUGUGCAUCGGCUACGGGCGGCAGGCGCCCGUGGGCAUGUCGGACGUCUGGCUCACCAUGCUUAGCAUGAUCGUGGGCGCCACCUGCUACGCCAUGUUCAUCGGCCAUGCCACCGCCCUCAUCCAGUCCCUGGACUCCUCCAGGCGCCAAUACCAAGAAAAGUACAAGCAAGUGGAGCAGUAUAUGUCAUUCCACAAGCUUCCUCCAGACACAAGGCAGCGUAUCCAUGACUAUUAUGAGCACCGCUACCAAGGCAAGAUGUUUGAUGAGGAGAGCAUCCUGGGAGAACUGAGCGAGCCACUGCGUGAGGAGAUCAUCAACUUUAACUGCCGGAAGCUGGUGGCCUCCAUGCCAUUGUUCGCCAACGCAGAUCCCAACUUUGUGACAUCCAUGUUGACUAAGCUGCACUUUGAAGUCUUCCAGCCAGGUGACUACAUCAUUCGAGAGGGGACCAUUGGCAAGAAGAUGUAUUUCAUCCAGCACGGCGUGGUCAGCGUGCUCACCAAGGGCAACAAGGAGACCAAGCUGGCCGAUGGCUCCUACUUUGGAGAGAUCUGCCUGCUCACCCGGGGCAGGCGCACGGCCAGCGUGAGAGCCGACACCUACUGCCGCCUGUACUCACUGAGCGUGGACAACUUCAACGAGGUGCUGGAGGAGUACCCCAUGAUGCGGCGGGCCUUCGAGACGGUGGCGCUGGACCGCCUGGACCGCAUCGGCAAGAAGAACUCCAUCCUCCUGCACAAAGUGCAACACGACCUCAACUCCGGCGUCUUCAACUACCAGGAGAACGAGAUCAUCCAGCAGAUCGUGCAGCACGACCGCGAGAUGGCGCACUGCGCGCACCGCGUCCAGGCCGCCAACUCGGCCACCCCGACGCCCACGCCCGUCAUCUGGACCCCGCUGAUCCAGGCCCCGCUGCAGGCCGCCGCUGCCACCACCUCCGUGGCCAUCGCCCUCACCCACCACCCGCGCCUUCCCGCUGCUAUUUUCCGCCCACCUCCGGGGCCGGGGCUGGGCAGCCUCGGGGCCGGGCAGACACCCAGGCACCUGAAGCGGCUGCAGUCGCUCAUCCCUUCUGCGCUGGGCUCUGCCUCACCUGCCAGCAGCCCGUCCCAGGUGGACACACCUUCAUCCUCCUCCUUCCACAUCCAGCAGCUAGCAGGUUUCUCGGCCCCCGCUGGACUGAGCCCUCUCCUGCCCUCGUCCAGCUCUUCCCCACCUCCUGGGGCCUGCAGCUCCCCACCAGCCCCUACACCGACAGUCACUCCGGCUGCCACCACCACAGCUGGCUUUGGCCACUUCCACAAGGCGCUGGGCAGCUCGCUCUCCUCCUCUGACUCUCCACUCCUCACCCCGCUGCAGUCUGGCGCCCGCUCCCCACAAGCCACCCAGCCGCCACCACCUCUGCCAGGUGCCCAGGGAAGCCUGGGACUGCUGGAGCACUUCUUGCCGCCCCCACCUUCAUCCAGGUCCCCAUCGUCCAGUCCUGGGCAGCUGGGUCAGCCUCCAGGGGACUCGUCCCCAGGUCUGGCUGCCGGCCCAGCAAGUACACCAGAGACACCCCCACGGCAGCCCGAGAGGCCGUCUUUCAUGGUAGGGGCCUCAGGGGGAGCCUCCCCUGUUGCCUUUCCUCCCCGAGGAGGCCUUAGCCCCCCUGGCCAGAGUCCAGGCCCCCCAAGAACUUUCCCAAGUGCCCCACCCCGAGCCUCUGGCUCCCAUGGGUCCUUGCUCCUGCCACCUGCAUCCAGUCCCCCACCGCCCCAGGUCCCCCAGCGCCGAGGCACGCCACCCCUCACCCCAGGCCGCCUCACCCAGGACCUCAAGCUCAUCUCAGCCUCUCAGCCAGCCCUACCCCAGGAUGGAGCACAGACUCUACGCAGAGCCUCCCCACACUCCUCUGGGGAGUCCGUGGCUGCCUUCCCCCUGCUCCCCAGAGCGGGGGGCGGCAGCGGGGGCAGUGGGGGCCUUGUCCCCCCUGCGAGGCCCUAUGGUGCCGUUCCUGGCCAGCAUGUCACUCUGCCUCGAAAGACAUCCUCAGGUUCUCUGCCACCCCCACCAUCCUUGUUUGGGGCAAGAGCCAGCUCUUCUGGGGGUCCCCCUCUGACUGCUGUACCCCAGAGAGAACCUGGGACCAGGCCUGAGCCGGUGCGCUCCAAACUGCCAUCCAAUCUAUGAGCUGGGUCCUCCCUCCUCCCUUCUCUUUUCUCCCCUCUUCUUUCUUUCUUCAGGUUUAACUGUGAUUAGGAGAUAUACCAAUAACGAUAAUAAUUACUAUUAAAAA